AUGGCCUCCCUCCAGUCCAAGACGGCGGAAGACGUGAUCGCCGCGCUCAAACUCACGCCACACCCGGAGAAAGGCUUCUACAUCGAGACGUCGCGCAACGAGUCCGGCACGGCCAUCUACUACCUGCUCAAGGGCGAGGAGGGGCUCUCGCACUGGCACCGCGUGCUGGACGCCACCGAGACCUGGCACCACUACGCAGGCGCGCCGCUGCGGCUGUCACUGUCGCUCGACGACGGGCAGGCCGUCCGGGACGUGAUUCUGGGCAACGACCUCUGGGACGGGCAGCGGCCCCAGGCCGUCGUGCAGCCGGGCGAGUGGCAGCACGCGCAGAGCCUAGGCGAGUGGUCGCUGGUUGGGUGCACCGUUGCGCCCGCGUUCAAGUUCGACAGCUUCGAGAUGGCGCAGGAAGGAUGGGAGCCUAGGGCAAGGAUGGCCGCUGUAACUGCGAGUAUAUACUUUGCUCGAUAA